UAUUACUUGUCAAUUUUGACGUUUUUUAAUUUCAGUUUAAUUAAAAAAAGUUAAAGUGUGCAACUGUUAACCUCAGAUGAAUGAAACUAGUCAGGUUAUCUGAAAACGUUAAAAUUUAAAGCAAAUUUACCAUGAAUCCACCUAAAAGGAAGAAAUGGAAUUUAUUUGAUUUUGAUAACAUUCCCAAACAAACCACAUCAAAUAAAUCUACAACAUCUACAAACAUUAAAACUGCUGAAACAAUUGCAGUUGUUAAAAAGAAACCAAAAGAAACUAAGAAGGCAGAUAAUAAAUCAAAGGAAACUGCAUUUAAAUGCCAGAGUUUUGACUUCUUUAAGGAGUUAGAACCCAAAGAAGUAAAGGAUUUAGCUGUGCAUCCUAAGAAAAUUGCUGAACUAGACUCCUGGUUAGAGAAGUAUGUCAUUAAUGCAUGGCAGGAAACAUCACUGCUUCUAGUCACUGGACCCACAGGUUGUGGAAAAUCAUCUGCAAUUCAAGUCUUAUGUAAAAGCAAAGGCAUUGGAAUCACAGAAUGGUUCAAUCCACUCAAUGCACCUACUUAUAUGUUUGAUAAACUAACAUAUUAUGAUGAUAACUAUGUUAAUCAAGUUUCACAAUUCACUGAAUUUGUGAAGGAAUGCAGUUAUAAGAAGUUGUGUUCUGGUGAAAAGUGGAAUGUUUGUUUAAUAAGAGAAUUUCCAAACAAAUUCUUGAGAAAUCCGGAAACAUUUACAACAGUUUUAGAAGAUAUCACUGACUUUCCUAAUGUACGCGUUAUAUUUGUAUCGACUGAUGAUGGAAAUCCGGCUACAAGCAUCGAAAGAAAUCUAUUUCCGGAUGUGAGUAAGACAAAAUUCAAUAUUGACGUAAUUGCGUUUAAUGCCUGCGCGACUACACUGAUGAAAGGAGCCAUGAAAUGUGCGCAAAACUUGGUGAAAUGCAACUCGAACCUAUUCAAUAUGCCUUCCGAUAAUGUCAUCGAAGCGAUUUGUGCUGCAUCAACAGGAGAUAUUCGAUGCUGUGUUUUUCAGUUUUAUCUUGCUGCAAUCAAAGGUUCAACUGAAAUGGCUGUGAAUAUCCAAACAGAAACUCUAACGAAAACGGGCACAAAGCGAAAACGUGCCACGAAAAGUGUUACAUUGAAAGCUAAGCUGAAAGACGAAUCGCUCGGACUUUUCCAUUCUGUCGGUCGUGUUUUACACCCGAAGAUCGACCCUGACACGAAAAGAAUUCACCAUGAUAUAGGUGUGCUUGUGGAUGAAUUCAGCACGCAGCCGACGACUUUUAUGGGCUUCUUGCAUGAAAAUUAUUUGCGUUACUUUGGCGAUCUCACAGAUGUGAUGCACGCUUGUACAUGUCUCAGUGAAGGGCAACAAUUAAUGGAUAAAUGGUCAGAACGUCGCGAAACCGACGAAAUCGGACUGUAUGUUGUUGUAAUGGGUUUUAUGCUGCACAAUAAGCAUCGUGUCAGUAUGUGGAAUCCUAUCCGAGGACCGUUUAAAAUAAAACGCGAAGAAGCGACAAUUUCGAAAGAUACUCUCAGGCCGGUUUCUUCACUUGAUACUUGCUAUCAUAAUCUCCUCACGAAUAAAAAUUUCAAUCGCUUCGAGCAGAAACUGUAAACAAUUAUAUAUUUAUUAAUAAACUAUUUUUUGUAAUCUGAA